AUGUACGCGGGGUUGGCGGGAUUGGAAGGGCUGGGGGGGCUGACGGGGAGCACGUACGCGGGGCUGCUCGCUACGGGGUCGGAACACGGCGCGGGGGGCGGCGGCGCAGGAGGAAACAAAGCGCAAAAUGCGGCGGCCAUGAGAGCGAUGCAAGCAGCCAAGCUCCGAGCCUCCAAGACAGCUUUGGAGCGGCACGAUGUGGAGAUCAUAGGCUCGGGACCGGAGCUGCUGGUGUUCUCACACGGCUUCGGAUACAACAAGAACGUGUGGAGCGGCGUGAUCAAGGCACUAGACAAGACUUGCUAUAAGAUUGUUCUCUACAACGUCACAGGUGCUCUGGGCACGGACUACGAUGCAUUUGACUACCAGCGCUACAGCACAUUGCAUGGCUUCACAGACGACCUACUGCUGCUGCUGCAAGAGCUGGGCGUCGAGGGGAGGGAGCGCGGGCAGCAGUGCACAGUCGUGGGGCAGCAGCAGGCGGGCAUGGUGGCGCUGCUGGCCUCUUUGGAACGCCCCACUCUCUUCAAGCGCAUCGUGCUGCUCAGCUCCUCACCAAGGCUGUUGGGAGCAGAGGGGUACGAGGGGAGCUAUGCACUGGAGGAUCUGGAUCAGGUGUUUGGCAUCAUGCAGGGCAACUUCAAGCUGUGGGUGCGCAACUGUGCACCGGUGUUGACAGCCGACGACAUCAAGGCGGGGCACGUGAGGGAGUUUGUGCGACCGCUCUUCCUGCUGCGACCAGACAUCGCCUUCAGCUUCCUCAAAACCGCCUUUGCGUGUGACGUGCGCGACAUCCUGCCACGGGUGAUGGUACAGGUUCACAUGCUGUUCUUCUCUGGAGAGCCGACUGUUCCGGAGUCUGUCAUGCAAUACAUGCUCAAGGCCAUACCUAAUGCAUAUGGCGAGCUCCUUCCGACGAGAUCGCUUCAAGAUUCUCCUGAAAUAGUUGCGAGCUCUUUAGAGAAGCACUUAAGUAUGCCGCUUCGGGACCCGUUUGGCCAUUCUAGUCGGAGAAUAAUGAGCACUCGCGUACCGUUGCCGUCUCAAGAAGAAGGCGAAGAAUGUGAUGAUGCUGGAGAGACCGGGGAGGAUAUACUCUGA